AUGUCGAACAACGCAGAUCAAGCUCAUUCGGCCCCAGAUGAUGAUGAUGAUGAUGAACCAGAUGACUGGAACAAGCGCAUCUUCAGCACCGGGUGUCAUGCUGAGCAAGACAAGAUGAAUGAUUGCUACUUUGCAAAGAAAGACUGGCGCGCGUGCAAGAUAGAGAUGGAAGCUUUUCGCGAGUGCUGGAAACGCCAGGGCAACGACCAGCGGACAGAGACGAAGGAUGCACCUGCAAACCAGCAAUAA